AUGAAUGGAUCCUUUUUCAACCAGACUCUCCUAGAGCAGGGAGCUUACCCCAACAGGACCCAGGGCUUGGGGAUGCUCAUCUCCUCGGUCCUGGCGCCCGACGAUGGGUCCUCGGUCCUGGCGCCCGACGAGAGGAGCCUUUACAUCACGCGGGUGGUGCAGAUCGCUGUCCUCUGUGUCCUCUCCUUGACUGUGAUGUUUGGCAUCUUCUUUUUGGGCUGCAACUUGCUCAUAAAGUCGGAGAGCAUGAUUAACUUUCUGGUGAAGGACCGAAGACCUUCCAAGGAUGUGGGAGCUGCAAUCAUGGGACUUUACUGAAGCCACCGGGCUUUUGUAGGCAAGUGAACUGUCUGGACCUGGUGCUGAGAUGCAGAUUCCCAUGUGUUUGGGGCAGCUGGGGGGGGACUGGAAAGGGGGGAGGGUCUUUUAAUGUGUCUGUGUCCAUGGGAAAGCAAAUCUGCGCUUCCCAGUCAACAAACUCUGUCGUGAUGCAUGGGGAAAUCUCCCCAGAGUUGUAUGAAGCACAAUAAAUGACCAGCAUCGUGUUGCAUGCAGAAAUGGCUUAAGUUUUGCAUGAAACUUGCAGAAACAGUGAUAAUGUGCAGAUCUGGACUCUUUUCUGCUGUUACCUUGGAUACUGCUACCUGGGAUUUAGGGCUAAAAAAAAAAAAAAGGAAAA